UUUUUAAAUUCAGUUUUCCGUCUAUAUAUACACAUCACUGUGCGCCCCUCCCUUCUCUUCCCAGUUUUAGAGAGAGAGGAAAUAGUGUUUUAGAGAGAGAAAUGGAGAAAGCCAUCAACAGACAGAGAGUUCUACUUCAGCAUCUCUCCCCUUCCUCUUCUGCAGCCGAGGAUGAAUCUUCUCUAUCCGCAUCGGUUUGUGUGGCUGGGGAUAGUGCUGCAUACCAGAGGACAUCAGUUUUUGGAGAUGAUGUUGUGAUAGUGGCGGCGUAUCGAACUGCCUUAUGCAAGUCAAAACGAGGAGGCUUCAAGGAUACUUAUCCUGAUGAUCUGCUGGCACCUGUUUUGAGGGCACUGAUAGAGAAAACCAAUCUGAACCCAAAUGAAGUUGGGGACAUUGUUGUUGGUACAGUAUUGGCGCCAGGCUCCCAAAGAGCAAGUGAAUGCAGGAUGGCUGCAUUCUAUGCUGGUUUCCCUGAAACUGUGCCUGUCAGAACUGUGAACAGGCAAUGUUCAUCUGGUCUUCAGGCAGUUGCUGAUGUAGCUGCUGCAAUUAAAGCUGGGUUUUAUGACAUUGGCAUUGGGGCAGGGUUGGAAUCCAUGACAGCAAAUCCAAUGGCUUGGGAAGGGUCAAUCAACCCUAAGGUAAAGGAAUUUGUGCAAGCCCAAGAUUGUCUUCUCCCCAUGGGUAUUACUUCAGAAAAUGUCGCACAUCGUUUUGGUGUAACAAGGCAGGAGCAGGACCAGGCUGCAGUUGAGUCUCAUAAGCGGGCUGCUGCUGCAACUGCUACUGGGAAAUUUAAGGAUGAAAUAAUCCCAGUAUCCACCAAGAUUGUUGACCCUAAAACUGGAGAUGAGAAACCUGUCACAAUCUCUGUGGAUGAUGGAAUAAGACCUAACGCAGCAAUGUCAGAUCUUGCAAAGCUGAAGCCCGUAUUUAAGAAAAAUGGGACAACCACAGCAGGGAAUUCUAGCCAAGUGAGUGAUGGUGCUGGAGCUGUUCUCCUCAUGAAGAGAAGUGUUGCAAUGCGUAAAGGGUUACCUAUUCUUGGUGUAUUCAGGACCUUUGCCGCUGUUGGUGUGGAUCCUGCCGUCAUGGGUAUUGGUCCAGCUGUUGCAAUUCCAGCUGCAGUCAAAUCUGCUGGCCUCGAACUUGAUGAUAUUGAUCUUUUUGAAAUAAAUGAGGCAUUUGCAUCCCAAUUUGUAUAUUGCCGUAAAAAGCUGGAUCUUGAUCCAGAGAAGAUCAAUGUCAAUGGAGGUGCAAUGGCCAUUGGGCAUCCUUUGGGUGCAACAGGUGCCCGCUGUGUUGGUACUCUAUUGCAUGAGAUGAAGCGCCGUGGCAAAGACUGUCGCUUUGGAGUGGUGUCGAUGUGCAUAGGUACGGGAAUGGGAGCGGCAGCUGUUUUUGAAAGAGGUGACUGUGUUGAUGAGCUUCGCAAUGCUCGGACGGCUGAAAACAAUAAUCUCUUAUCUAAAGAUGCUCAAUAGAACCCUCAUAUCAUGUCUUGCAAUGGCUGUCAAUAAUGUCACUGCUGGGAUUGAGAAUCCUAAUAAAAGCAUUGUAAUAAAGAUGGCAUUACUUUUGAUAUAGAUACUUGACCAGAGUCCUACCGUGUGGCUGUCUGUAUCUUUACCUUCAAUUAUAUUUUUUUUGUUUGAAGUAAUCGGAGCAAUCAAACCACC